UGGAAAAAAGGGCGAGAAAGAGAGAGAAAGAGAAGGAAAACGCAGGAAAAUUAAGUCUACAGAGAGAGAGAAAGAGGAGAAGAACAAAACCUAAAGGCAAGGGAACUGAAAAGGGAAAGUGGGUGUUGGAGUAUUGACCUCUGAAAGGAAAGUUUCUAGAGAAAAGGAGGGUGCUUGAGGAUAGUCACGGAGGCCGGGGGGGUUAAUAAAUGAUGAAUCCUUCUGGUCUUAUCAAUUUUAUGCCCAUACUUGAUUGGACGAAGAAGGAGGAGACCAACCCUUGAUUCUUGGAGUUGUUUUGAAUCUGUUGGUGUUGUUUUUCUUGAUGUUUUUUCAUAUUUAAGGGAGGAGGAGAAGCAGAGAUCGGUUGGAGGAAGCGGAGUUUUAGUUGAUUGUGGUUGUAAUGGAAACCCCACCAACAGAGGAGCUUCUGAAGAAGAUCCAAGCAUUGGAAGCGGAUCACGAGCAUCUCAAGCAGGAAAUGUCCAAGCUAAAGCAGUCUGGGGAUGGAAAACCGGAGCAGACCCGUCAAAGAUCUCACUCUAUAUCUCCACAGCGUCCUCGGUUCCCGGCGGCAGCUUGGAAGAAGGGGUCGGGGUCGGCUCGGCAUUCGUCGCCGUUGCAGAGGGAGAGUAAGAGCAGGGAGAGCGCGGAUAGCGGGGGAGGAGCUGUAAAAAGCGGGCCAUCGGCGGUGAAUUUCACUGAUAGACAGUAUUUGAAUAUUUUGCAGUCCAUGGGACAAUCUGUAUAUAUCUUUAACCUUGACGCCCGAAUAAUUUACUGGAACAGAACUGCUGAAAAAGUUUAUGGUUAUUCUGCGGCAGAAGCACUUGGCCAGGAUGUUGUUGAGCUCCUUACAGAUCCCAGGGACUAUAGAAUUGCUCAGGAUAUUGUGUGUCGUCUUAUCUCGGGAGAGAGCUGGACAGGGCAGUUUCCUGUCAAGACUAAGCAGGGGGAGAGCUUUCUAGCUGUUUUCACAAACACUCCUUUCUAUGAUGAUGAUGGUAAGUUGGUGGGAGUUAUUUGUCUAUCAACUGAUUCACAGCCCUUCCAAGAAAUGCAAGUUCCAUGUUGUGGUGAAGGGCAGUUGGAAGGAGAAUCAACCUUUAGCUGGAGCAGAAAUACAGUUACGUCUAAACUGGGUCUCGAUUCUCAGCAGCCUCUACAAGUAGCAAUUGCAUCCAAAAUUUCAAAUUUGGCAACCAAAGUGAGCAACAAAGUCAAGUCAAAAAUUAGGACAGGAGAGAAUAACAUGGAUCGAGAAGGUGGGAGUGGUGAUAGUCAUCAUUCUGAACAUGGAUUCUCAGAUGCUGCUCUUUCAGAUCAUAAAGAAGAUGCAAAUUCUAGCAGAGCCAGUACACCUAGAGGAGACAUACCUCCAUCUCCCUUUGGUGUGGUUUCUCAUGUUGAGGAGAAGUCCCCAGCAAAACCCUCUAGAGAUUCUGGUGAUGAGAGUGAGGGGAAAUCUGCUAUUCACAAGAUUACCUCAAAGGCAGAGCAGUGGAUGGGUAAAAAAGGUAUAACAUGGCCAUGGAAAGGGAAUGAGCGAGAAGGAUCUGAGCCAAGGAGUGGACGUUUUGCUUGGCCUUGGUUGAACAAGGAUCAAGAGAAUGAAACAGCUUAUCAAAAGAAUCCCUCUUUUGGAACAAAGCAUGAUUGCCAUGUCUAUGAAAAUAAUAGGCCUGUCCAUAAUGAGGCACCAGGGUCCUGGUCCUCUUCUGUUAAUGUUAACAGCACAAGUAGUGCCAGCAGUUGUGGAAGUACUGGCAGUAGUGCGGUAAAUAAAGUGGACAUGGACACUGAUUGUUUGGACUAUGAAAUCUUGUGGGAGGACUUGACUGUUGCAGAACAAAUUGGGCAAGGUUCUUGUGGAACUGUAUAUCAUGGUCUGUGGUAUGGAUCAGACGUUGCUAUCAAGGUGUUCUCCAAGCAGGAAUAUUCAGAUGACAUGAUGCAUUCUUUUAGACAGGAGGUAUCUCUGAUGAAAAAGCUUCGGCAUCCAAAUGUACUGCUAUUCAUGGGAGCUGUGACUUCUCCACAGCGUCUCUGCAUUGUUACAGAGUUCCUUCCACGUGGAAGUUUGUUUCGCUUACUACAGAGGAAUACAACCAAGGUAGAUUGGAGACGGCGGGCUAACUUGGCUUUAGAUAUAGCAAAGGGUAUGAAUUAUCUUCAUCAUUGCAACCCACCUAUUAUUCAUCGUGACUUGAAGUCUUCAAAUCUUCUAGUUGACAGGAAUUGGACCGUGAAGGUUGGAGAUUUUGGUCUGUCACGUCUCAAGCAUGAAACAUAUCUCACAACGAAGACAGGGAAAGGAACGCCACAAUGGAUGGCACCAGAAGUUCUUCGUAAUGAACCCUCAGAUGAGAAGUCUGAUGUGUAUAGUUUUGGAGUCAUAAUGUGGGAGAUCGCCACUGAGAAGAUCCCCUGGGAUAAUCUCAACUCAAUGCAGGUGAUUGGUGCUGUGGGGUUCAUGAACCAAAGAUUGGAGAUUCCAAAAGAAGCUGAUCCUCGGUGGGCUUCUAUAAUUGAAAGCUGCUGGCACAGUGACCCACAAUGCCGACCUACGUUCCAAGAACUACUUGAUAAACUUAGAGAUCUGCAAAGACAGUACAACAUUCAAUUUCAGCAGAGUCGAAUCGCAGCUGGAGACAACUCACAAAAGGAACCGUAGCUCAUAUCAUCUCCUCUACCUUCAUUCAUACCUUUGCAGCAUCAAGUUGGUGGAAGCAUGGGCAAAUUUUUGACAACCAUUCUUGCCCACAUUGCUUUUCAGCUCAUGGUCACCACAAAAUGGCAUUGGCAUUGGCAUUGGCAUUGGCAUUGGCGUUGGCAUCGGCGUCACAAGGGCAAAUGGAUGAGAAAAAAGGGCAAGGGAUGUAGUUGGCAUCAAUUCAUGUGAUGAUUGAUUGGUUGGGUGUGAGAUUUUUGUUUGUGAACUGAACCGACAUACCAUAUUAAAUCUUGGAAAAUCUGUCUGGUGCUUUGUGAUCGAGAGUCAUAUUCAUGCCACUCAAUUCCUGAUUUUCAAAUUUGAGCAUGGCAGCUCCACUAAGGUUGUACAGGAAAAACAAUUGUUAUUGGAGCAAAAUGAUAGUCACCAUCAAAAUGUUAUAUUGCGUUUGCUUUAAUUAAUUUGCUAUUCAAAUGCCUGAUGACUUGUACUUCAAUAUUAAACAUUGUUAAAAAAAUUAUUUUGUUGCU